UUCCUUCCCGAAAAGUGUACGUCAUCGAUUUGUCACGGGGAACUACGUGAACUAGUGAAAGCACGGACAAGACGUUUCUUUCGGUCAACAUUUCAAUCAUGAUCAGGGAUAGUAAUCAUUACAAUUAUAUGUUACCAUUUGUGCUUUGAUCUGAUAGUUAACUCGUUUUUCUUGGCUGUGAUUAACAUGGUUUUUGGCGAAUAUUCCCUUCAAUGGAACGAACUACACGCAAUAACACAAGAAUGCAAAUAUUCCCGCACCCCUGAAGAACCGAUCGAGAGAGAUAAAUAGACAACCCUUCCUGAAACAAGGUACAAACCCUACGGGUGUACCCUUCUGGAGCAAUAAAAGGCCAAAGAAAGGAACUUCGGAACAUAUCUUGAGUCAACUUCGAACUGCGUUGCUUAAUCCAAGUUUAGUUUAGAACUCGGUUCGAUAAGUACAUUCAGAUGGCUAACUUUGGUCUCUCUGAACAUCAACAAAUAUUGGAAAAAAUUUGCCGAAUUUGUGGAGAGCGAUUGAAGAAGGCAAAAGAUAAGUAUGAGAACAGUUUUCUUUGCGCUAAUAGGACGGAGAUUAUUUUCACAGCCUUUGGUGUCAAAGUUGGUAAAGAUGACCUUGACAUGUGCCCUCCCAAGUUCUGCCACAAGUGUUACAAGCUUGCUUUAAGAGGAGGCACACGCCUUGCAAUCAAUGUGUGGCCUCCACACAAACGCACUGGAAACUGUAAGAUCUGCAGUUUCUUUAAAGAUUAACAGAAACCUGGUAGGAAGAAGAAGACUAAACCUAAACUCAGAGAGGACUCAGCUGGACCCAAGGAACAAGUGGAAAUGGUGGAAGGAAUGUCUAUGCACUUUAAGCUUCCAACCUGACCCAGCCUCACUCUCAUUCUCUGAGGAGGUAAAGAAUCUACAAAGCUUUAGAGGAUCAGAACCUCUUUACCCAGAAGAGUUUGUUGAAAACAUUAAGCUGAAACCCAUACCUGCAGCAGAGGAAGAGGGACCAGCACAGCCCUUAGAAUUAGUGAAAAGGACCAAGGCAAGGAAAACAACUGACGAGCUAACAAUGAAAACUGCUGGACAUAGAUCAAAGGUAGUAGCAGAGACCAGGACAGCUAUGAGUGGUGGUGCAGCUGAUACCUAGUUGAAAGAUGAACUGUAUACAAUGGGCAGACUGGAGAGGGA